AUGAAUGUAAAUGUCACUAUGGGUGAAGGAGAUUCAAAUAAAGAGCAUCCUAUGAUCACUCAAGUCUCCUCUUCACCAACAUUUACUCAUAUUCUCAAUCAACCCAUCAUUUCACUAUUUUCUUCACAAUCCACUGAUCCACCCAAAUCCAUUGAUGAUACUGAGACUGAUGAUGGAGGAUUUGGAAGUACUUUUGAUGAUCUUGAAUUUGAUCAAGAAGAAGAAGACAUCCUAGAUCAUAUAUUGAUGUCAGGUAGGCAAUUCAAGAUUUUGAACAAGAAGCCUAACUCUAUCCUUUAA